CGCACAGCGGCUUCCGGCCGGCUGGGGAUGCGCGGGACGGUGCGAGGCUGGCGGGCGGGCGCGCGGGCUGCAGGGCGCUGCGAGGAGCGGGGCUGUGCCGCUCAGCGGGGCUGUGCCGCUCUGCCGUCCGCAGCCAUGCUCAGGAAACAUCUCCAGGAGAUCCCCUCCUCCGACAGCAACGUCUCCACUGGCUUCAGCUGGGACUGGGGUUCCAGCAAGGCCUCGGAGUUGCUGUCAGGCAUGGGGGUGUCGGUGCUGAAGAAGGACAGGCUGGGCAAUGAGAACACCCCGCAGGAGCCUCUGCUGCCGGCCUGCACACCCCACAAGCGGCUGAAGGUGAAGGAGAAGGAGUUUGUCAUCGUGCGCAGACCUCGUCUGCUCCGAGAGGCAGAGCCAGGUGUUUCUUGGGAUGAACUUCCAGAUGAACUUCUAUUGGCAAUCUUUGCAUAUCUGCCCUUGAAUGACUUGCUGAAAGUUUCCAUGGUUUGUAAGAGGUGGCAUCGUCUGUCGUUUGAUGAAUCUCUCUGGCAGACUCUUGAUCUGAAUUGCAGAAGUCUGCUGCCAGGAGUUAUUGGACAGUUGCUACCUGCAGGAGUUACUGUGUUCCGCUGCCCAAGAUCUUGUAUUGGGAAUCCACUGUUUAAAACCAUGAAGCCUCUCAGAGUUCAACACAUGGAUUUGUCAAAUUGCACAGUAGCUGUUGCAGAUCUCCAGAGCAUUCUUUGUCGUUGUGAGAGACUGGAGAACCUAAGCUUGGAGGGACUAGUGCUUUCUGAUGAUAUCAUGAAGAGCAUUGCUAAGAAUCCCGGUCUGAUACGACUGAAUCUUUGUGGGUGCUCAGGAUUUUCUGCAGAAGCCUUGGAGCUGAUGUUAAGCAAAUGUACUAUGUUGCAGGAGCUGAACUUGUCCUGGUGUGACUUCACAGCCACUCAUGUCAGAACAGCAGUCAGUCACAUUACUUCAAAAGUAACCCAACUGAACUUAAGUGGAUACAGACAGAACCUACAAAUAUCAGAUGUUAAAACGCUGGUGGAAAGAUGUCCUUUCCUUGUGCACUUAGAUCUAAGCGACAGUGUGAUGUUGAAGCCGGAGUGUUUCCAGUAUUUUCAUCGACUCAUCUUUCUGCAACAUCUCUGUCUUAGCCGAUGCUACCAAAUAUCACCUGCUGCCUUAGUAGAUCUUGGUGAAAUUCCAACGUUAAAGACUCUUCAGGUAUUUGGAAUAGUGUCUGAUAGCUCCCUGCAGGUCCUCAAGGAGACACUUCCUAAAGUGAAGAUCAAUUGUUCACAUUUCACAACUAUUGCAAGGCCAACUGUUGGCAGUAGAAGGAACCAUGAAAUUUGGGGUAUCAAAUGCAGAUUGUCACUGAGAAACUGUAUUGGCUAACGGUCUUGUAUGGUGGAUGCCGUGGAUGCACUGUGUAGUGAAGGUCCUUGAGAAGCAGAAAGUCAGAGCACAUCCAAUCAUAGUUGCAUUUUUAUAAAGUAUCGUAUCUUGGUCUUGUGCCGUAACGUAGUUCUAUAAACACGUUUAUAUUCUUUAAAAAAAAGAAAAAGAAAAAAAAAAAAAAGCCUUUAGAAAUUUGGCAAUCUGUGAGCAAUUAUAGGAACUUAAAAGAAAAAAACAAAACCUUUUUGUUUUAGGAAAACAAGAAAAAACCUUUUUGUUUUAGGAGAGCUACUUUAAAAAAAAAAGAAUUUGUGAAACAAUCACUGUCAUGAAACUGUUACAACCUUUAUGAACUGCUGCAAGUUCUGAUGCAGCGGUGGUUGUACUGCGGUGCUGUAAAGGUGCUUUCGAUUAACUCUUCCAGCUCUGCAACUCCUGGAAAAUUCAGUGGAGACACUAUAUGUCUCCUGAAUGGAUUCUGCUGGUCUAGAGUUUACCAAACUCAAAUCAGGUACUGCUGUCAGAGCAAUUAAAAUUAUUAACUGAGUGACAUCUGUACUAAGAUGUGAAGCUAUCCUGUUUGGGAGAGGGACAGAGAAGUGAGUCUGAAUUCACUGAAUAUGGAAACAGUAAGGAAGCAUUGGAAUGGAGGUCUACAGGAAAGCACUUAAGAGCUCAAUGCUGUAUGAAUAAGAAGCAAUAAUAAUUGAGUUGCUGUGAAGUUUUUCAACAGGACUCCAUGUUGCUUUUCUGUGCUUAAGUGAGCUUAAAUUAGGAGCAUAAUCUCAAAACUUCUUACAUAGGGUCUCUGAGCUGUAUGUAGUAUAUUGGAAAAAGUGCUUGCAGGAGCAAGUAUCUUGGUUCUGAAACUGAGCAGCAACAGACUGGGGCUGCACUGUAAGAAUUUUGAGAGGAGCUCCUUUGGGGCUAUUAAGAGACAUCCAUUUCUCUUUCAGCUUAAGUUUCUAGUAUUUAACUUCCUGUAUCUUUCAACACUAACAGGAGGAGUUUACAUUGUCACAAAAAAAGCUGAAUAACUAACAAAAAAAGCAAAAAAAAUACCCAAAAAACCCAACCAAACUAAGACCAGGGACAUGUAGUGAGCCCACACCUCUGGGGGAAGGGACCUGGCUCAGGCUACUACCACCCCCAGUCCAGCUGGGGGCUGGGCAUGUUCCAGGGACGAGGGUAAGCAUUAUCUGAAGAGUCUCUUAGCACAAAACUUGCAAGCAGUGAGCAACAGUAGGGGAUAUACCAUUGUGGUAAAUGGGCUGUUGCAUAGGCAUAGAGUCUUCCAAAGUCAGUCCAAAGAUAAAAAGCUCAGUAAUAAGUACACACAGUUCACUGUGUAGUGUGGAAAAUUGCUUGUUUGCAUUCAUGCCUUAAGUUACUUUAAACGUUUACUUCAAGAGGAAAGGUGUAUCUAUUUGUAAUUCUCUCUCUGUGUAAUGUAACCCCAUGAAACUUGUUUUGCAUUUAAUAAAGAGCUAAGGAAUUGCUAUAUUGUA